GAAACACGGAGGAACUUACGGCGAGCCACAUCCACCGCGACGAAAGCAGCCAUGUCUCGUAACAGCAAGGAGUUCAACAGACUUGCCGAUCGUUUUGCGGUCGAAUACGAUGAACAGCGCCUCGCCCUGGAGCAGUGUCUGCAGUCACGCAUCAACGACGACAUUAACUUCGUCUGCCAACGGCAGAAAUCUGCGUAUUUGGAAGGCAUCGCUCAGCUGUUCUGCAAGAAGGAGUACGACGCCGGCGUCAAGUGCCAGAAAAGCGCAGGAGAGAGGUGGGCCUCGGACUGCUUCAAGGAGAACGUCGCUUUCGGUCAGUGCACCGACCGCGUGCUGAAGCAGAUGUAUGUGUACAACUUAGAGCACGACAAGAAGAACCCCGCCGCCAACUGA